GGGGAUGGGCAGUGCUGAGAGGUUAGUGUGUGUGUGUGACUAAAGAGAGAGAGUGUGUGUAGCCUUAAGAGUUUACUAUUAGCACCAUGGCCUCACACUCGCAUGCUAAAAGUUUGUGGCGCUCGGAAGUGAACGAAGUGGUCUAACAUGAAACAACAACGAUUUACCGGAGGCGAACCACUCAAUGGAGGAGAGGGGGUCCCGAGUGGAGCGCAGUGAUUGAGGACUGUUGCGUUCACGGACCAUGUGAGGACGCCGCUGAGGAGAUAUGAACGCAGACAUUCGGGCUUGCUUCUCCAGUCUUCCUCGCUUGCCUUCGCUUCUGCGUCUUCGGGGAUGUGUGCGAGUUGGGUUCGGUCCGUCCUGACGGUCCGUCUCGGUGCCCUGCUGCUGCUGCUGCUGCUGCUGCUCCACAGCGCCCCGGGACUCGGCUCCGAGCUGAGGGUUCGGGUCCGGCUCGCCGACGGACUGGUGACCGAGGAGGUGUUGGAGGCGGACAGCGAGAGAGACGUUAUAUCUGUGGAGUUCAAGCAGGGAGAUGGCACCCUCGUCACCUUUAUGGUGGACUUCAAACAGGAAGUGAAAAUAUUCCAAUCGCUAAUCCUGGGCGAGCUGGAAAGAGGGCAGAACCAGUACCAGGCCCUGUGCUUCAUCUCUCGCCUCAACCGCAAUGAGAUCAUCCCCAGCGAGUCCAUGGCCCGCCUCAGACAGAAAAACCCUCACGCCAUCCGCUUGGCGGAGGAGCGCCGAGGCCUGGAGCAGCUGACCAUGAGCGCCGUGGUCAAUCUGAGUCGGGCCUGGCAGCUGAGCAGCCACAUCCACAACAUGUGCAGCGAGGCCAGAGAGGCCAUCUACACCAGGGAGGCUGACGUCAAGCACUGGCUGGACAAAGGCGUGGACAGCUCCAUAUUCGAGGUGCUGCCGCAUACGACCGAGGCGCCCCACUUCCAGGCCUGCCACGCCACCAAGGACAUGUGGCAGCCGUGUCUCUGCACGUACGCCCUCCGUCUGGAGUGGUACCCGUGUCUCCUCAAGUACUGCCGCAGCCGGGACAACGCGGGCCGGGGGUCCACGUACAAGUGCGGCAUCAAGAGCUGCAGCAAGGGCUACCACUUCACCUACUACGUCCCCCAGAAACAGCUCUGCUUAUGGGACGAGGAGACUUAGCACCUGCUCUAUUUUCAUGAUAAAGGCCAGAACUGGAGCAGGCGAGACAAAAACAUCACUGUGAUUAAAGACAAGUGGCUUUUACUUCUGUGACAAAAACAGUCGCACAAAAAAAAAACGCCACCUCAUCAACAACCUCACAUGUUGGAUUUAUUUAUUUUUGCUCGACUACGGACUUUUUGAAAUGUUUUUCAUAUGAAUCUCUUAACAAACCGCGAGUCCUCAAACAUUACGAUUUCAAUUGUAUUUCCUCAAGGCUCAUUUGCAGCACAUGUUUGUUAGGGUGUCAAGUAAACCAAAGUCAAAGCAAAAAGUUGUCAAUAGGAGGGUGUAAGCUUUCCUUCUGUCUGCAAAAAGUGCCUAUUCAGGCAGACGGUGGUUCUUACACUGCCAUCUUGUGGUCCAUUUGUAGCAUUUAUUUUGAAUUUAUGCAGCUCAAACCUUUGAUCCCUUCCACCUCCUUGAACACGCCGGACCAAAUAGAGCAGUACCAACUAUGGCCUUUGCUGAGUAAGUGCCUCAAUGUUCUUAAAAGAGUGUAUGCACGGAUUUUGUAUGUCAGGACAUGAACUUUUUCAAGAGUUAAUAAAGGUUUCAAUUUCCA